AGAUCCACCAGCAGUGUAUCUGCUUCAGUCCCCGCUGACUCCGCCGGUGAAGCACACACACACACACACACACACACACACACACACACACACACACACACGCACACGCACACGCACACUGGAGGGUGAGAUGUGACUGAUAACCAGAGGAGUACAGCGUGUUUCUGUGGGAUUUUUUUUUAAUUUAACUGUCAGCCGGCUAAUGAGAGAGGACAAGCUGCGGGUCAUUUCGGCCAUGCGGGCCAUGCGGGCCACUUGGGUUGCGGUGCUUCUCGCUGUGAUUACACCGGUGUGCGCAGUGGAAGAGACAGUGAUGGAUACAAGGACAGCGACUGCUGAGCUUGGCUGGAUAUCGUUCCCUGCCAACGGAUGGGAGGAGGUGAGCGGCUAUGAUGAGAACCUCAACACCAUCAGGACUUACCAGGUGUGCAACGUGUUUGAACCCAGCCAGAACAACUGGCUCCUCACGACUUAUGUCGACCGGCGAGCGGCACAACGAAUCUACGUGGAGAUCCGCUUCACCGUACGCGACUGCGCCUCCAUCCCCAGCGUCUUGGGCUCCUGCAAAGAGACAUUCAACUUGUACUACCUGGAGACUGAAAGGACCUUGUCAGAGGGCAUCAAAGGGGUGGAGUACUGGGCCAAUGCCCCUUUUCUUAAGGUUGACACCAUCGCAGCAGAUGAGAGUUUCUCCCAGGUUGAUUUCGGGGGAAGGCUAAUGAAGGUUAACACAGAAGUUCGGAGUUUCGGGCCGUUGUCCAAAGGCCGAGGCUUCCACUUGGCCUUCCAGGAUCUAGGCGCUUGCAUGUCCCUGCUGGCUGUAAGAGUAUUCUACAAGAAAUGCCCCAGCAUUGUGCAGAACUUUGCUUUUUUCCCGGAGACACUGACUGGAGCAGAGUCCACCUCAUUAGUCAUCGCUAGAGGAAGUUGUAUCCCCAACGCUGAGGAGGUAGACGUGCCCAUAAAGCUCUACUGUAACGGAGACGGAGAGUGGAUGGUACCCAUCGGCAGCUGCAGCUGCAAGGCGGGUUAUGAACCAGACAAUGGCAACGUGUGUCGAGCUUGCCCUCAGGGCACCUUUAAGUCGUUCCAGGGGAUAGGAUUAUGUCAGCAAUGUCCGCCGAACAGCCGCUCCACCAUCGAGGCCGCCACAAUCUGUGGUUGUCGCAACGGAUAUUACCGCGGAGACAUGGACAAACCGAAGGACGUGUGCACCAGUGUCCCGUCGGCUCCUCGCAAUGUGGUCUCAGUCGUCAACCAGACAUCGGUGCAGCUGGAGUGGCACCCACCACGGGACAUCGGGCACCGUGACGACCUGUCAUAUAACGUUGUGUGCCGCCGGUGCCACAGCAGUGAGCGCCGGGCGUGUCAGCCAUGUGAUGACAACGUGGCCUUCGUUUCGGGCAAGCAUGGGUUAAAGGAAACAAGGGUGGAUAUCAGCAAGCUGCGAGCCCACACAUCGUACACCUUUGAAAUACAGGCAGUCAACGGAGUCUCCAACAAGAGCCCUUAUCCCGCCCAGCAACUGUCAAUCAACAUUACAACCAAUCAGGCCGCUCCCUCAGUAGUUCCCAUAAUGCACCAAGUGAGCUCAACAAGCCGCAGUUUCUCGUUGUCAUGGCCACCGCCCGAGCAGCCCAACGGAAUUAUCCUCGACUACGAGAUACGAUACUUUGACAAGUCCCUGUCGUCAGUGCAGAACAGUUCAGUCGUCCAGAGCAAAAUACCCAAUGUUGUUCUGGAAGGUCUGAGGCCGGGGACCGGCUACGUGGUCCAGGUGAGGGCCCGCACCGUGGCCGGCUACGGAGCCUACAGCAAGGAAAUGCUCUUCCAAACGCUCACCGACGAUGAGUAUAAGUCAGAACUGGGACAGCAGCUCUCCCUGAUUGCAGGCUCUUUAGUGGGUGGAGUGUGUAUUGUCUCAUUGGUAGCUAUCGCCAUCAUCUGUACCAGAAGAAGGCAGCUGAAGGAGAGUGUGUACGGUGACAAGCUGCAGCAGUACAACGCAGGAGGAGAGGUGACACUGAGGCCUGACAUGUUCAGUGGUUCCACCCCCACAGUGACCUUUCCCACCCUGUCAGAAGGUCAUAGUUCACCGGGGGUCAAGAUCUACAUCGACCCCUUCACCUACGAGGACCCCAACGAGGCUGUUCGGGAGUUUGCCAAGGAAAUCGACCCCUCGUGUGUCAAAAUAGAGGAAGUCAUUGGAUCAGGUGAGUUUGGGGAGGUGUACAGAGGUCGCCUGAAGCCUGUUGGGAAAAAAGAAAUUCCUGUGGCCAUCAAGACCCUGAAGGUCGGUUACUCUGAGAGGCAGAGGAGGGACUUCCUGUCCGAGGCGUCAAUCAUGGGCCAGUUUGACCAACCAAACAUCAUCAGACUGGAGGGCGUCGUCACCAAGAGCAGGCCCACGAUGAUCAUCACAGAGUUCAUGGAGAAUGGAGCACUUGACUCCUUUCUCAGGCAAAAUGAUGGGCAGUUUCCAGUGAUCCAGCUGGUUGGUAUGCUGAGGGGCAUCGCGUCUGGAAUGAGGUACCUUGCGGAAAUGAGUUAUGUUCACCGGGACCUGGCUGCUCGGAACAUUCUGGUUAACAGUAACUUGGUGUGUAAGGUGUCUGACUUUGGAUUAUCACGAUAUCUGGAGGAGGAUGCCUCUGACCCCACCUACACCAGCUCACUGGGUGGUAAAAUCCCGGUGAGAUGGACGGCUCCAGAGGCGAUCGCCUACAGGAAGUUUACGUCAGCGUCAGAUGUCUGGAGUUAUGGGAUCGUCACCUGGGAGGUGAUGGCAUAUGGAGAGAGGCCUUACUGGGACAUGAGCAAUCAAGAUGUGAUAAAUGCCAUCGAGCAGGACUUCAGGCUGCCAGCUCCCAUGGACUGUCCGGUAGUGCUGCACCAGCUGAUGCUGGACUGCUGGCAGAAAGACCGGAACGCACGGCCCAAAUUCCCCGAUAUCGUCAGCAUGUUGGACAAAAUGAUACGCAACCCUGCAUCUCUCAAAGCCGGCACCAACAACGUCGGCCCCGGUCCUUCCCAUCAUCCCUUGUUAGACCGUGGAGCUCCAGACCUGAGCAGGGUGAGCUCUGUGGACGACUGGCUGGCCGCGUUGAAGAUGACCCAGUAUCGAGACUCUUUCCUUGGCUCGGGCUUCACUUCUUUGCCGCUCGUCACACAAAUCACAGCCGAAGAUCUUCAGAGGAUUGGAGUGUCUCUAGCUGGACACCAGAAGAAAAUCCUGACCAGUGUGCAGUCAAUGAGGCACAACAUCGAUGACCAGUCUCCUACUGAAUCUGUGUAACAAAAAAGGGGAGUGACACAGUAUGAAAAUAUUUGACAAGUGUACAGUCUGAACGAGCAGGCUGCCACCUUUUACGCUCCUGUUUUUAGCAUCAUACACCUUAACAAUUUGCCGCUCUUGGAGAUCCAAACCAUCAUUUUUUAACAAUCACUGUGGCCAUUUGUGUGUCUCCGUGGCCUCAGCAGUCACCAGGUCCUCCUUCAGUCAUUGGACAGACUUCUUUCAUACCAUUUAGCAAAUGGAUUUGAACUAUAUGCCUCUUGGAGGGGAUUCAAAUCAGAGUUUGUGCAUGAGGAAUAACAAAGCAGACAUGAUUUGUGACUGCAAAACAACAUAAAAAAAAUAGUGUUUGGACUUUUCUGUCGGGUACAAUCCCUCUCCCCAAAAAACUCCCUGCAAGAUAACUUCCAUCAUUGAAUUCUUCAGACCAGUUUCCCUGACUGUUUGAUUCAAUGGCCUAGUUUUUAUUUAAGGAUAAAUCACACAAACAAGCUACUCUGAAGAGGAAACUGACUGAACAGACAUUUAUAUAAAGAGACACAAACUGGACUUAAAGCCGGACAAAAGGUGAUUUAAAACACGUUCUCUGGAGACGCAUCGCAGGAUUUGUUGUUAUCUCUGGUAUGUUUUGUUGAGACUGAAUUGCUAACAUCUGAAUCCAGAUAAGAACCAACAGUUAAAUGGGACUUUGUGAAUCCAUCUUCAUAUUGAAGAGUCUGUACAUAUUAUGAUAUGGGAUGUUUAUUUCCUAUUUCCUUUCAUUUUUGCCAACAGCAUCGAACAAGUGAAUUGCCACUGCAGUAUUUUGUGAGUUCUCUAUGAUUAUCUUCCUCUGACUCAUCACUGGAGCAUUAUUUUAAGUGCUGUAGACUGCAGACAAAAAAAAAUAGGAAAAAUAGGUUUAAUAGUUCUAUUUUUUUGUACCUUCCAUGCAGCAAAAGGAAGAAAUAAACCUGGCCUGGCCUACUUAAAAUACUUAAUUCAGAAGUUACUCAUAAUGGAUGAGUAAAGGCAAUUACAGACCAGGAAGCGGAAACAAAAUCAGGUAAAGCUAUAUUUAAACAUUGCAGUGUAAUAAGUCUUUU